AUGGCUGUGAAAUUAAUGGUGCAGUGGAAGCAUAAUAACUUAGCACACAGUGGCCACAAUUAUCUUAUGGCUGAGUUACGCCAAAGGUUCUGGAUUAUACAUGGCAAUGCAGUGGUACGCUCUGUCAUCCGGAAUUGUGUGAGGUGCAGAUCUCUCAGUGCUCGGCCAAUGAUCCAAGAGAUGGCUGAUCUACCCGAAGACCGCAUCACAUCAAAUGCGAGGCCCGUCACCUCCAUCCGGUCUGACAAUGGGACAAAUCUUGUGGGAGCUGAGAAGGAGCUUCGCAAAGAACUUGAGAAAUUGAAGCACUCUGUGAUUGCAGAGGUCAUGUUGCUCAAGGGUGUCACAUGGCAGUUCAAUCCUCCUCAUGCUUCGCACUUUGGCGGAGUAUGGGAACGCCAGAUUCGCACAAUUCGACGAGUACUUCGUGGCCUGUGUCACCAGCAGGUCAUGACAGAUGACACUCUGCACACCCUAUUCUGUGAGGUAGAAGCUAUCAUAAAUGGCAGGCCAUUAACCAGGGUUACUGAUGAUCCUGAUGGUCCUCAACCACUAACACCCAACAUGCUGCUAACCCUGAAAGGUGCAGGAGGUCCAAUAACGGAUACUGAUCAUAGUGAUCUUUAUGUUCGUCGACGUUGGAGGCAAGUUCAAUACCUGGCAGACCUCUUCUGGAAGAGGUGGACAAAGGAAUAUCUUCCACUUCUCCAGGAACGUCAGAAGUGGACCACGAGACAGCGUAACCUGAAGGUUGGAGAUAUUGUUCUGAGCCUAGACAACAAACUGCCCCGAGGUUCAUGGCCUUUGGGACGUGUGCUGGAAGUGAUAAGUGAUGCUGAUGGUCACGUGAGGAGUGCUCGCUUGAAAACUGCUAGUGGAGAGUACCUCAGACCAAUUAGCAAGAUGUGUCUUUUGCUAGAAAAUGAAAUAGAUGUAGGUGUCAGUAAAGGGUGUACGCCGAACGCUGCCCUUAAAUGCUGA